GGUAAAUCAUCUGGACACUGGGUCUCACUAUCGCCAAAUAUAUUUGGAGAUCGGCUUCGGCUACGGCUUGGCAGACAUUUUUUUCUUUCUACAAUUUUAAAUUAAAUUUAUUAGAAUAAAUGCUUCGAACACACGCGAUCUAAGUACCUUUUGUGUUUAUUAUACCUUACCUACCUAGGUAUAAAAAGAGUACUUACGUAGAUUUUCUUUUAUUAACUGUUUUAUACGAAGAUCUUGAUCUCUCAAAUUAGCAUCCAUUUUACUUCCAGUGAUUAUCAACUAAAUUAAUAAUCCACAAAGUAUUAAAUAACGUUUUUAUGAAAUAUUUAGCACAAAAACAAUACCCUUUAAAUAUCGAUCGUCAGUAACUGUGGCUGACUUACCUAUAUUCUAGCAAGCAGGACUGCCAGAUGUGAAGGGGAAAUCCCCAAUAAAUUGUUGCAUGUGACUGAUGAUGUGAGCAUGUUCGUUUCAUAAUAAAAAUGUUGCCAGGUAACCAAAAAGUCGUAUGUUUUUGUGCGAAUUACGAUCAUAAUCUUUACGAUCGUACAUUAAAAAAUAGACAAAUAAUAGUAUGAGUACGAUUUAAAUCGUAUAUCUGUCAACCCUGCUAGCAAGACAGCGACAAAAUCACGUUGCAUAACAAUGUAGCCCAAGCUUAUAUCUUAUGAAAUAUACGGAAGAGAUACGGACUUAGAAAAAACAGAAAUGUUGUUCUUUGUGGAAGUCAUUGAUGAAAUUCUAUGUAUUUUAGCCCGCAAACUUUCUUCAAACAAAAACAGCGCCAUCUAGUAUCGAGUUCUGUAAUUAUCUCUUUGUUUAUGGAUUUGAAGUAAGACCGCCACGCAUGCAAUACAUUAUGACUGGGGAUUCCCCUAUUCGUCGACGCUGAAUAUGAGGCGACGACAAUCACUGUCAAACGUGUUCACUAUUACUCUGACUCUGGUAACGUGACUUCCUGGUAACGUGUUAGGUAGGAAAAGCAGUAAAAAAGUGCAUAUUAAGGGAGCAGAUUUGAAAUAAUAUUUAUACUUAACAAGAAAUAAUUAAAGGUUCAAUGGGGAGACCUAAAGAUUUACGCAUAUGGGAGCACUACCGUACUUUACCAAACAAGUCUGUUUCUUGCAAGCUUUGUAAUAAGGUCUACAAAUUCAGUAAUGCUGCCAAAAUGCUUCAACAUCUUAUCACUUGUCCAAAAUCUCCAGAAACAUUAAAAGACUCUAUGAAACUUAUAAAAGAUAGCUCGUCCAAAACCAAAAUGUCUGGACUGUCAGAGAUAGAGACAAAUGAUUCUUUUAUAAGCCCCUCGUCGUCUGCUAACACUACAAUAAAUGCUGAGUUUCAAGACACCGAUGAUCAUAUAAAAACAGAAUUAGCGAGAGCUAUAUUUGUAACAGGGACGCCAUUAUCGAUGGUGCAACAUCCUUUAUGGAUACAAUUUUUCGAAAAAUUGCAACCAAAAUUUAAAAUACCUUCACGUAAAGCUUUAGCGACAAAAUACUUAGAUAAAAUAUAUAGAGAAAUGCGUUUUGAGUUAAAUGAGGAACUAAAUGCUUGUAGUUACUUACACCUUCAGUGCGAUGGCUGGUCUAAUUUAAGAAAUGAAGGAAUAAUAAACUUUCUUAUAUCAAAACCUCAACCUGCAUACGUUAAAAGUUUGAAUACAGAAAGUAAUCCUCACACUAGUGAAUACCUUAGCCAAGAAGUUGAAAAAGUAAUGAAAGUGUAUGGAGCAAAUAAGUUUCUUGUACUUAUUGGCGAUAACGCUAGAAAUAUACAAAAGGCAUUCGAAUUAACAAAACUCAAAUAUCCACAUGUUGUUCCUCUCGGUUGCUGUGCACAUAUCCUUAACUUGUUGUGCCAAGAUAUUGUAAAGAUACAAGAAGUAACUGUGUUUAUUAUGCAAGCCAUAAAUAUAAUAAAAACUGUUAAAAGGAGUCAACGAUUAAGUUCCUUGUUGAUAAAAUCAAGGCAGGGUGAAGAUUCUACACAAACACUAAAAUUGCCUUGUGCUACAAGAUGGGGAAGUCAUGUUACUUCGUUAAAAAGUUUGAAAGCAAAUAAGAUAGCUUUGCAAAUAUUAACAGUUAGAGAAGAUGUGGUAAUUUCAAGAGAUAUUAAAGAUUUAAUUCUAAGUGAUGAUUUCUGGACGAAGACAGGGGAAUGUAUAAGUAUUUUGGAACCAGUCACUGAAAGCAUAUUUUACUUAGAGAGCGACCAGAAUCGUUUGCAUCGCACAUACAUUACAUUUAGAGAUGUACAAGCUAAGAUACGUUUUGCAUUAAAUGAGAUUUCGACAUUGAGCGAAGAAAGCAAACAGCAGAUUCUAACAUCAGUAUCUUCAAGAUGCAAUAUGGCAAUGAGGCCAAUACAUUUUGCAGCAUAUAUUCUAGACCCCAGGACUCUAGGAGUCGAACUUACUCAAGAGGAAGAACUUAAGGGUAUGGAGUUUAUCUACAAUUUAAGCCAACACUUAAGUUUGUCAAAUGUAAUGGCAGAUUUGGCGUGUUAUAAAGCUAAAGAAAACUUUUGGGCCAGAGGAUUUGUAUGGAGCUCAUUAGAUAGCAUUGAGCCCCUAAUAUGGUGGAAAGGUAUUUGUGGUUCCACUGAGUUAAGCAAAGUAGCGAUUCGUAUUCUAUCAGCUCCCUGUACUUCGGCAGCCACUGAGCGUUCCUUUAGUAUCCAAGGCUACAUACAUAAUAACAAAAGAAAUCGACUUACAACUGAAAGAACUGAAAAAAUUUCAUUCAUUUGUUAUAACUGGAAUCUUAAACAUAAAGCUGAAUGCGAGGACAUUCAGUUUAAUGAAGAAAAUACCUUAGAAGCUUUCAUUGAGCAAGUAAAUGAACAUAACAGUUUAGACGAAAUAGAGCCUAUCGAACCUAUACAAUUCAUCGCUUGUAAUAACUCUGAAUCUGACAGUGAUUGACUGUAGUUUUACAUUUUACUUUCAUCUCUUUCUUAAUAAACUCAAAAUCAAAUUAAAAGUUUUUUAUUCUGUAGGCUGCAUAAUAAUAUUGUCUAUGUCCAGUAUAGUGGACGUCUUGCGGCUGAGAUGACGAUGAUGAAGUACAAAAUCAUAAACACCCAAAAAUUUGGGUGUUUAUGGGGUUUAAACCCAAUAAACCCAAAACACCCGGUUUUUACCCACCAGACUUUAAACCCACCCAGGUGGAUUGCCCAUCUC